GGCGUCCUCUUCCAGCGAGAGAAGCGUUUCCCGUGAGCCCGCGGGCGCGCGGGGACUACGACUCCCGGCAUGCUCCGAGGCCGCUGGGAUUAACCCUUCAGGGCCGGAGGCAGCCCUGUGCCCCGCCUCCGCCCCUUACCUGGAUCCUGCAGGAGAUGGGUGCCCCCAUCGGCACACUGUCCUUUGGCCACCGGACAUCAUGCCUCCCAAGAAGGAUGUUCCUGUGAAGAAACCAGCGGGGCCCCCUAUCUCCAAGCCUGCUGCCAAGCCAGCCGCCGCAGGGGCCUUUCCAGCCAAGACCAAGGCUGAACCAGCGGCGGCUGUCCCUCCAGCCCCUGAGAAAACCCGGGAUCCCCCUAUCGAUCUCUCCAAAGUGGUGAUCGAGUUUAACAAGGACCAGCUGGAGGAGUUCAAGGAGGCCUUUGAGCUGUUCGACCGAGUAGGGGAUGGCAAGAUCCUGUACAGCCAGUGUGGGGAUGUGAUGAGGGCCCUGGGCCAGAACCCCACCAACGCCGAGGUGCUCAAGGUUCUGGGGAACCCCAAGAGUGACGAGCUGAAGUCUCGGCGUGUGGACUUUGAGACUUUCCUGCCCAUGCUCCAGGCAGUGGCCAAGAACCGGGACCAAGGCACAUAUGAGGACUACCUGGAGGGGCUUCGAGUGUUUGACAAAGAGGGGAACGGCAAAGUCAUGGGAGCAGAGCUGAGACAUGUCCUCACCACCCUGGGAGAGAAGAUGACUGAAGAGGAGGUGGAGACAGUUCUAGCAGGACAUGAGGACAGCAAUGGCUGCAUCAACUAUGAAGCCUUCCUGAAGCACAUCCUAAGCGUCUGAGCGCUACAGAUGCAGUGGGGUCGGACACUGGGUCUCCGGCAGGCGGAAGCACGUUCCUACCACUAGGAGGCCACCUAUUGUUUCAAAAUAAAGAGACGAUUCCUCACUUGG